AUGUAUCCACAGAAAGAAUUUGGAGAUUCGUCAAUAAGGCGAUUUAAACCUUCUUGGUUUAAUGACUUUUCUAAUUGGUUGGAAUACAGUAUAGCAAAAGAUGCUCUAUUUUGCUUUUAUUGUUAUCUUUUCAAACCAAAUAGUGAAGAACAUGGUGGUGGUGAUUCUUUUGUUGAUGGAGGGUUCUCAAAUUGGAAAAAGAAAGGAAGACUUCAAACUCAUAUUGGGAAAAGUGGUAGUGCACUCAAUCAAGCGCGAAUUAAAUAUGAGGCUCAAGGGCUUUCAUUUCGUGGAAAUGACGAAUCUGAAGAUUCAAGAAAUCAAGGGAAUUUUCUUGAACUAUUGAAGUGGUUAUGCGAUCAUAAUAAUGAGAUUAAGGCUGAUAUUGUGAGUGUUAUUGCAUUUGAAACACUUAAUGUUAUUAUGAAAGAUAUUGGUGAUGUAAAGGAGCAAAUGCCAAUUGUUUUACGCUAUGUAAAUAAGAAAGGACGAGCAAUGGAACGUUUUAUCGGUAUUGAACAUGUUUCAAGUACCACGGCUCUCUCACUUAGGGAUGCUAUUGAUCAUUUAUUCUCUAGAUUUAACUUAAGUAUAUCUAGUUUAAGAGAUCAAGGCUAUGGUGGGGCAAAUAAUAUGCGAGUUACACUAGCAAUUGUAGCUGUGGCAAACAAGCAUGCAGAUAUUGAAACAUUCUUUAAUCUAGUGAAUAAAGUUGUGAAUGUUGUAGGAGGAUCAGCAGAGAAAAAGAGGCUUGAAGUUGUUGAAUCAUUAAAUAUUGGUGAAAUCUCAAGUGGAAAGGGCCUUAAUCAAGAAACUGAUCUGAACUUGAUUCUCAUGUUUUCUGCUAUAGUUGAUGUCAUUGAGAUGAUUGCCACUAUGAUAUUAGUUGUGGAAAGAGAGGUGAAGUGCUCUGCAUCUCAUGAAAAAGGUAUUGGGUACAACAUUGAUGUUCUCAACAUGGAUGAUAUAUUUAUGCCCCUAGGUCGCUCACGGUGUAAUAAUCAAGGAAUGACAAAUCUGCAUCAUUUUCGUGUGGAUUUUUUCUAUGCUAUCAUUGAUUUGCAAAUUCAAGAAUUGAAUGAUCACUUCCCCAAGCUUGGUGCUUUUAAGAUUUUCAAGCAGGAUCCUGUCAUUACUUUCAUUAGGAGUGAACAGUGA